CGUCCCCCGAGAGCGACGCCGAAUCUGCACGACCGUCGACGCGCUCACGCUCGAAAUACGCGCGCGUCCGAGACUCAUCACGCGAGUGAGGAUAAGAUUCCGCCCCGCAACGCGUCCACUGUCAACAAAGUGGUCCGCUGUGUUUUGAAAUUUUUAUGCCCGUAUAUUAUUCGUUUUGGUUCCUCUACGUAACGCAGUGAAAGUUGUUACCAAGCCUCAAUAUUUGGGAACUUUGGAAGUGCCGAGGUUCUGUGGUUUUGAUGUGCGCUCUUUCACGUUGGAUACGCGGAAUACGGGCCUCACGCCUUUCGACGACGGAGAAAAGUCCGGGGAAGAGUGAAGAAUGCUGGUGCGGAAGCCGUGAAACAGGUUGACAGAGCCCCCGCUCCGAGGCGGAAAGUGAGGUUAUGCCGGGAGGCGAGUGGCGCGAAGUUGCGCGUGUGGAAUGUGCGUCUGGCGAGGGUGCCGAUGCCCGGUGCGUGCGGGCUUUUGAGCUCUAGUUCGCUUUCUCUCGAGUGCGGCCGCGCCUUGCGCCGGGGCGAGCGCCGCGACAUUGCUCGCAUUCUAAAUGCCCCAUAUAAAUGGUUCCAAAUCUGCGUUUGACAGACUGCCAAUCCUCGUUGUGUUAUGUUUACUUUGCUCAUCUCUCGUUCAAGGUGGCCAAGUGUUACAGAGCACAAAGACGCCGCCUCUUUUCACUGCAAUCCGUGGCCGCCGUGAUGAGUCCAACUCGGGCGAGGACGUAGGCGCGUGUCGUCAGUUCGUCGAGGGCGACCCCGAGAAAAUGGAGUUCUACUCCCCCAACUACCCCAGCAACUACCCCAACCACUCAGACUGCAUCGCUGUUCUCACAGCUGAGCCGGGCUACCUGAUCCGGCUGGACUUCCGGGACGAGUUCCACCUGGAGCCGUCGGAGGAGUGCAAGUUCGACUACCUGGAGGUGCGGGACGGCGCUCACGGGUACUCGGACCUGAUUGGCUCCUACUGCGGCAACGAGUUCCCGCCGAUGCUCACCUCCUCCAAUCGCUGGCUCUGGCUCCGAUUCCACUCGGACGAGAACAUCGAAUACUCCGGCUUCCGCGCCGUCUACAGCUUCAUCCAGAAACCCACCUCCGCUGUGUAUAUUCCAGAAUUAGAAACUUGUAACAUAAAUGUAACCGGCUCAGAAGGGUUUGUAAAUAGGACGGACAUUGAUCCGGAACAUGUAAGAUUAGCAACUACUCACAAUCUGCCUUUAGACUGCAUUUGGGUCAUCACAGUCCAGACGGGAUGGAGGAUCCAGCUGAACUGGAUGAAGUUCAACUUGGAUCGGCCGAACGACUGCGACUCGAACUUCGUGGACGUGUUCCCGGAGCGGACGGACCUUCCGUCGCGGCUCCACAACUUCUGCGGCUCCAUCGCCGAGAUCGUCCAGUCGCCCUCCAACAUCCUCCACGUCCGCUUCGUCGCCGAGGCCAAAGCCAUCAACUCCACCUUCGAAGCCCUCUUCACCGCCUUCCGGGACAAGGGCAAGGGUGGCGUCUGCGACGACGCUACGGAAUACGAUUGCGAGGAUGCCACGUGUAUCUCACUCGACCUCAAGUGCAAUGACCGGCCCAACUGCCGCUUUAGGUGGGACGAGGCUGACUGUGAGAACAAGUUGGAUGCGUUCGGGAAGAUCAUGCAGUCGCAACAUAUCAUCAUUAUUUUAAUUAUUUUUGUGCUCAUUUUGGCUGGUAUGUGUUUUGCAUUUAUUUUCAACAUUACGAGGAAGCUAAUCCACGACCAACGAAUAAUACGGGAACACACGAAGCAAUCGCGGGAGGGGCGGCUGGACCAGCUGGGGCGGAAGACGCCGGCGGGGUCGAUGAUGAUCACGCCGGUGGCGACGAUCGUGCCGAAGAUGAGCAAGAGCUCGGUGAGCCUCGAGUCCUCGCGCUCGCGUUCGGCGUCGCCGGUGCGGCAGCUCCAGCUCCCGGGCCUCGGGCACAGCCACGGCCACGGCCUCAACGACCACAAGGCCCGCGACCCCGCCAGGGACUGCUUCGUCCCCGCCACGCCCACCCCCGGACCGGGACACCCCAUCGGCGUCUGCCAGAAGCACGACCCCGGCGAUGUCAACCUCAUGUUCCUCAGGCAUGAGCGGCAAAGGGUGAGUCACGAGUACGACGCGGGUGACGAGGAGGAGGAAGACGGGCUGUACCUGCGGGACGGGAACACGCCUUUGGCGCCGGAGAUGAAGGACUGCGAGUGUCAGACGCGGGAGAGCCUCUUCCACAACACCUCCGAGGAGAGCUACAACCUCCCGGCGCCGACGCCCCCGCCGCCGCUGCCCCCGAUGCAGAGGUCAUAUCAGAAGCACGGCUCCGGCUCGGGCUCCGGCUCCGGGUCGCCGGGCAAACGACCCCACGAGGCCUUCCAGACGCUGCCCAUCAAGCCCCAGGCCAGGGCCAACCACCACCCGCCCACCGGACACAACUUCACCACUUUCGGAUACAGUACAAAUCCCAGGUGUGGGACAACGAGCUCAAGUUCGAACUCGCAGCCGAAAGAGCUGCCGAAAUUCAAGGCGGAGGCGGUGAUCGAGAUGGACAAGCUCUCGGCGACGGGUUCGGGCUCGGAAUCGGCUUCCGGCUCGAGCAGCGGCGGCACCGUCGCCGACCCGCGGCCGUUCAGCAUCCAGUCCUCCAAGUCGGCGCCGGACGUCAUCGUCACCCAUUGACAACCCGAGUGGGAGCCGUACAAGCGACGGUUCCCCCGGCACCAAUCACCUGUAAAUACCGUAGCGCAGCGCGUCACCUUCGCCCCGCAACCGUGCUAUGACGCCGGUUCCGGCUUCCCGAGCUAGCGCCCAGCCAGCUAGAGCUUUCCUAGAUGCUUCUCAGCUCCGCCCGACGAGCUGUCCGACCUCCGUGCAGCCCACAGGAUCCAGGUUUUAACCGUGUAGGCAAAUAGUAUCCACGUGGUCAGAGACUUCAUCAUUUAGAGACCCCACGCCCCCAUAGAGAAAAAAAAGGAGGUGUUUGCAUCUUGAGGUUUGUUUACCCUGUGACUUAGGUCAGUACAACCUGGCCAGCGAAAUCCGGAA